CGGAGUCGCGGAGCGAUUUGGCGGAAGAUGUUGAAGAGACGCGAACUUCUGCUAAGCAAACGGCCGCCAUGCGGUGAAGAUGAAAUGAUGGUUCCCGUGCUGAGUUCCAAAAAAGCCAGCGAGCUGCCCGUCAACGAGGUGGCGAGCGCUCUGCAGGCCAACCUCCAGUACGGGCUGAGCGAGCAGGAGGUCGCCCGACGGCGGCUCUUCCACGGCUGGAACGAAUUUGACAUCGGCGAGGACGAACCGCUAUGGAGGAAGUACAUCUCGCAGUUCAAAGAUCCGCUGAUCCUCCUCCUGCUGGCGUCGGCGGUCAUCAGCGUCCUCAUGCGGCAGUUUGACGACGCCAUCAGCAUCGCCGUGGCCAUCGUCAUCGUGGUCACCGUGGCCUUCGUCCAGGAGUAUCGCUCGGAGAAGUCUCUACAGGAGCUGGGGAAACUGGUCCCGCCCCAGUGCCACUGCGUUCGCGAGGGGCAGCUGCGGCACAUGCUGGCCAGGGAACUGGUCCCGGGCGACACCGUCUGCCUGGCGGUGGGCGAGCGCGUCCCGGCGGACCUGCGCCUUUUCGAGGCCGCCGACCUCUCUGUGGACGAGUCCAGUCUGACGGGCGAGACCGCGCCCUGCGCCAAAUCCGCCGCGCGCCAGCCGUCCGCCGGCGAGGGGGACAUCGCUUCCCGGGCCAACGUCGCCUUCAUGGGAACGCUGGUGCGCUGCGGCAAAGCCAAGGGCGUCGUCAUCGGAACCGGAGAGAACUCAGAGUUCGGGGAGGUCUUCAAGAUGAUGCAAGCCGAGGAGGCUCCCAAGACGCCGCUGCAGAAGAGCAUGGACCUGCUGGGAAAGCAGCUCUCCCUCUAUUCCUUCGGCAUCAUCGGCGUCAUCAUGCUGGUGGGCUGGCUGCAGGGCAAGCGGAUCAUGGACAUGUUCACCAUCGGCGUCAGUCUGGCGGUGGCGGCCAUUCCAGAGGGGCUUCCCAUCGUGGUGACCGUGACCUUGGCGCUGGGCGUCAUGCGCAUGGUCAAGAAGCGGGCCAUCGUCAAGAAGCUCCCCAUCGUGGAGACGCUGAGCUGCUGCAACGUCAUCUGUUCGGACAAGACCGGAACGCUGACCAAGAACGAGAUGACGGUCACCCAGAUGUUCACGUCGGACGGACUCCACGCCGAGGUGACCGGCGUGGGCUACGACGGCGGCGGCGAAGUUUUGGCCGACGGCGAGCUCGUCCACGGCUAUUCUCACCCGUCGCUGAGCAAGAUCGCCGAGGUGGGCCGCGUGUGUAACGACUCGAUCAUCAGGAACGGGACCGUGCUGGGCCGACCCACCGAGGGAGCGCUCGUGGCCCUCGCUAUGAAGAUGGGCCUGGACGGCGUCGAGCAGGAGUACGUGCGCGUGGAGGAGCUUCCCUUCACCUCGGACAAGAAGUGGAUGGCGGUGCGCUGCGUUCACCGCGCGCGGCAGGACCAGGCGGGGGUGUUUUUCGUGAAGGGCGCCCACGAGCAGGUGAUCCGCCUGUGCGCCUCCUACAACAGUCGAGGCGCCGCGCUUCCGCUCAACCAGCAGCAGAUAGAACUCUACCGGCAGCAGAUCGGCUACAUGGGCAGCGCCGGCCUCCGAGUGUUGGCCUUCGCGUCCGGCGACCAGAUGGGGGCUCUGACUUUCCUGGGCCUGGUGGGCAUCAUCGACCCUCCCAGGUCUGGGGUCAAAGAGGCGGUGGGCACGCUGCUGGGCUCGGGGGUCGCCGUCAAGAUGAUCACCGGAGACUCCCAGGAGACGGCCGCCUCCGUCGCCGGUCGUCUCGGCCUCUCGUCCAAAGGAGGGGAGUGCUUGUCGGGAGAGGAAGUGGACCGUCUGGACCUGCGGCAGCUCUCGCAAAUUGUCCCUCGGAUAUCCGUUUUCUACAGAGCCAGCCCCAGACACAAGCUCAAGAUUGUCAAGUCCCUGCAGAAUAUCGGCGCGGUGGUGGCCAUGACGGGCGACGGCGUCAACGACGCGGUGGCGCUGAAGGCGGCCGACAUCGGCGUGGCCAUGGGCCGUACGGGGACCGACGUGUGCAAGGAGGCCGCCGACAUGAUCCUGGUGGACGAUGACUUCAACACCAUCAUGUCGGCCAUCGAGGAGGGAAAAGGAAUCUACAACAACAUCAAGAACUUUGUGCGCUUCCAACUCAGCACGAGCAUCGCGGCGCUGACCCUCAUCUCCUUGGCCACGCUGAUGAACUUCCCCAACCCGCUGAACGCCAUGCAGAUCCUGUGGAUCAACAUCAUCAUGGACGGCCCCCCCGCCCAAAGUUUGGGCGUGGAGCCGGUGGACCGGGCGGUGAUCCUGAAGCCUCCUCGCAACGUCCGCGACAGCAUCAUCACGCGAGGCCUCAUCCUCAAAGUUUUGGUGUCGGCUUUCAUCAUCGUCUGCGGGACCCUCUUUGUUUUCUGGAGAGAGCUGCAGGACAACGAGAUCACGCCCCGCGACACCACCAUGACCUUCACCUGCUUCGUCUUCUUCGACAUGUUCAACGCGCUCAGCUCGCGCUCGCAGACGCGCAUGGUGCACGAGCUAGGCCUUUGCAGCAACCGCGCCUUCUGCGUGGCGGUGCUGGCGUCCAUCAUGGGACAGUUGCUGGUCAUCUACUUCCCGCCGCUGCAGAGGGUCUUCCAGACCGAGAGCCUCAGCUUCUUCGACCUGCUGUUCCUGCUCGUACUGACGUCAUCCGUCUGCGUGGUGUCCGAGGCCAUCAAGAAAGCGGAGAGGUGGCGAAGCGCGCCCAGGAGGACGCCCGCCGAUUGCUUCCAUCAGGUAUGA